AUGGCCGUGCCCCAGGAGAGCGACAACGCCGAGCUCCGUAAGGACGGCAGCAAGGCGAGCGAGGAGAGGGCGUCGUCGUGCUACCACUCCUCAUCGUCGGAGGCCGCCAUGCCGUCCUCCUGCGAGGAGGCGCACGAGCGCGCAGCUGGACCGAAGCAGCACGUGGACGGUGGCGCCGCCGCCGCUGCCACACCGCCUCCGACGCAGCAGAUGGACCGGCAGUCCUCGGUCGACGGCGAUGAGGCGGCAGCCGAACCUGGUAGGAUCCCGUCGGCGGUGUUCGAGCGGGACCCGGCGGAGUCCAACAAGGACUGGAGCAUGAUGUCCACGGAAUCUGUGUUCGGGCUCCAGGUGGCGCCGUCCAGCGACUUCACCGGCUUCUUCCUGGCGCACCCGGAGCUCAUGGACAUCUCCACGCCGGUGCGCACCAGCGCGGCCGACGCCGACGCCGACGCCACCGUGCUCGCGCCGCACUUCGAGAGCAUCCCGGAGCACCCCGAGACCACCAUGAAGGGCAACUACUCCUUCGCCUUCCCAAACUUGAUAGAGGACAAAAGGCACAGUUGCAAGAAGGGUCAUCAGGAGGAGGAGCAGCCGGCAACAACUGAGGCGGCCGAGGCAACGCCGGAACCGGAGGCGCAGGCGAGCAGCAAACCGGAGGCAGCGCCGGAGAAGGAAGCAGCAAAAGGCGGUUUGCUCUCAUGCUUUCCCUGCUGCUCUUCAUGA